GUGAGUAGCCAAGAGUAUCCGGGUGGGUCCGUGAAUAUUCAGUAAUACAUUGCAGGCCUUAAGACACAUAAUACGCUGCAGACGCUCUACACGCGUAUUUUGUAUAGAUGUACCAGCAAGCCGCAUGCAGUCAAACACUAUCCACCAAUGAUUAGUAUUGCAUUACAGCCCCGCUUCCGCAUGCAGUAAGUCCUGCCGAGUAUCGUCAUCUUUCGAGACCCUUUCGGCAUGCCGAUGGGCUACGCGAUGGACCCAGCGUAGAGGCGAACACUGAAAGAGUCACCGUAAAGUCAUAGUAUCCAAGUUCUGGGAGAGAUACAAAGCUCGCCGUCAGUCUCGAGUGAAUUCCAAUCCAGUUCAAACUCAACACAUCAGUCCCCAUUACUUCCCUAGAAGCAUACCUAAACAGAGGUAAGCAUUCAUCAUGGCGUCUCCGGAAUACCCCAAAAAUCCCGUCAACAAACUCGGUCGUUUAGCAAACCGAGCUGCCUACGACUACGCCACCAUUCAUACUCUCGUUAACACCUGUCCUAUUCUCCACGUCUCCUUUGUCGACCCCGAACACCCCUUCCCCGUUGUCCUACCCAUGAUAGGUUGCACUGGAAACUUUUCCUCGCCUUCCUCGGACCCGGCAAGCACAUCUCAGGAUCUUUACAUUCAUGGCUACGUCUCCGGUCGUAUAUUCAAGAGCGGGAAGAACGCCGAUGGCCAGGGAUUACCCAUCACAGUCGCAGCUAGUUUUCUCGAUGGCCUUGUAUUGAGUCUGACGCCUUUCCAUAAUUCGUGCAACUACCGCUCUGCUGUUGUGUACGGGUAUGCGCAGUUGGUGGAAGACCAGGAAGAAGCUCUGUACGCUAUGAAGGCCAUUACGGAUAACAUGCUCCCCCAGCGUUGGGACAAGUCUCGCACACCGCCCACACCUGCCGAGCUCAAGUCUACGUCUAUCCUGCGUAUUAGGAUUGAGAGUGCGAGUGCGAAGAUAAGAACGGGUGGGCCGAGUGAAGACAGGGCCGAUUUAAAGAACGCUGAGCUUGUGAAGAAGACUUGGACAGGUGUCGUGCCGUACUGGGGUACUUGGGGUGAGCCUGUGCCGGGUAAAGAGAAUGGAUGUGAGGAUGUGGAAAGCUACAUUGAGGGCUGGAGGAUGAAGGAAACAGGACAGGCUCGAGGGUAUGCGUUUGAGGCUAUCGAGAUGGAUGGGAAGAAGAAAUAAGAAGUGGAAUAGGGAGGAAGAAGGUGGAGUUUGGGUGUAGCGGGGGAAUUGGAAUUUGUGAAGGUUUGCCUUAGGAGUUGGUGCGUUCAUUCUGCAUGAUAUCAGUUAGCGUUUUACGCAAAGUUGUUAGAAGUAUUGUUUGCUUGAUAUAACAAUGGAAUGACCGACGCCUGUUGUCGAC